AUGCCAAAAUAUAUCAGUUUAUGGCAGGCGUUUUUAUUAGUUAUACUUAUAUCAGUAGUAAAUUGUGGAAUACCAGGUUUGCAUAAAUGGCUAAUAAAUAAUUUUCCUAGUUGUGUGAAAGUAGUUCAAAGAAAUAGGUUACUAGAUGUUGAUGUUUAUAUAAAUAGGAAUAGCAAAAGGGAGAAGAUUGUCAACAAUGUGAAUAGGGGGAAUGAACUAAUUAAGAAUAAGGAAGGGGAUACAAAAUUACGGGAUAAUAAUAAAAUACAGGAUGUUGAUAAUUUAUUAUUUGAUUUAAAUCAAUUAUUACAUAAAGCAAAUGUUGAGUUUUGUAGUUAUAAUAAUUAUUUUUAUAAACUAUCGAGUUUAAUAAAAAAUGUAUUAAAAAAGUUUCACCCCAAGAAAAAUGUGAUUUUUGCUAUUGAUGGAAUAUGUCCAUUUUCUAAAUUAAAAUUACAAAUAAAAAGAAGAGCCAAAAUAAAAUUAAAAGAAAAUAAGGACAGUAUAAAUGAUAUAACAUGUGGUAGUAUAUUUAUAGAAAAAAUUGGACAUUUUCUUACAAAUUUUGUAAAAUAUUUAGUAUCCCUUGAAAAAUAUAGUGAUGUAAAAUUUUAUAUUUCAACAGAUAAGGAAGUAGGAGAAGGGGAAUUAAAACUUAUGAAUUGGAUAACUAGUUAUGUUAAAAAAGAUGAGAGAGAUGAUAAUAAAACUGAUGAAAAACGAGAAGAAGAAUCAUUUGUUAUUGUAGGUGCUGAUGCAGAUUUGUUGUUACAAUGUUUGGCAUUAAGAAAUAUACGUAAUGUAUAUAUAUACACAUUUCAAACAUUUUAUUUAAAUAUGGAUGGCAAUUUAUUAUUUAAAAAAGAAAAACAUUUAAUAGACAAACCAGUAGAAAACAACAAUGACACAAUGAUAAGUAGUAUUCCAUAUGAUGGGAAGAAAAAUGAAUUAACAAAUUCAGGGGAAACACUUAAUAAUUUAGUAAACAUAAAUAGAAUAGCAAGAAAAAAAAUUACAGUUUUAUAUAACCUAAAUAUAUUUAUUAAUUUAUUUUUAAAUAAGUAUCCUAUGUUUUUUAAUCAAAUAAAACGAGACUUGUUAAUUUUAUUUAUUCUAAAGGGGAAUGACUAUUUACCAAAAGUUAGAGAAGGGAAUUUUUCAGUUUUUUUCGAAGCCUACUUUAAAAUGUUAGAGGAUAAUAUGAAAAAGGCAAAAAAAGAUGGAAAAAAAAAUGAAAAACCAACUAAUGUAGAUAGGAUAACAUAUAAUGGCUUUUUAAACAAAGAUUAUGAGUUAAAUCGAAAAGAAUUUUUAAAAUUUUUGAAUUAUGUUCAGAAAGUUGUUAACUUUUCAAGCAGCUAUUUAAGUAGAAAUACGGAAGAAGGGAAUUAUGCAAAUUUGCAAAAUAGUGGGAGUAUUGAGGAAUUUAAGGAGAGCCAACUGUAUUUACCUUUAUAUCUGUUAAAUGAAAUUAUAAAAAAAAAAAUAAUUGAAAAUGAAAAUAUAGAUAUACAAAUUGAAAAAGACAAUGAAGGAUUAUAUACAUGCAAAUUAGGAUAUUUAAAAAAUAAGGAUAAGAUAAAAAAAUAUUAUUGUGGAAUUUCAAAACGAAAAAAAGUAGCUAUGCAUAUAGCAUCUUCUAAAUUUAUAGAAAAUGAACUUCCUUUAUUUAUAAAAUAUGUUGAUUAUGAUUUAUUAAAAAGGAGUAUCAAAGAAAUUGAUGGUGUUGGGGAAAUAAAUUCAGAGAAUGUAAAUGUAUGUGUAGAUGAAAAAAAGCUAGAACCUAAAUUAGAAAACUUUGACAAUGAAAACAAUUUGAAUGAAUUAGGGAUGAACAUAUUUACAAAAGAUGAAGAAAAAGAAGACAGGAAAAUGGAAAUAUAUUUAAAAAAGUUUUAUAUAAAAAAUUGUAAAAAAAAAAAAAAUUAUGAACACGAAAUGAAAAUAUGUGAAAAUUAUAUAGAGGGAAUAAAAUGGCUAGUUGAGAUGUAUACUAAAACAUAUUGUAUAAAUUUUAAUUUUUUUUAUAAAUAUUCUAUUAGUCCAUCUUUAUUAAGUUUAUAUUAUUAUUUAUGUCAAGAUAAUGUAAAAAAUUAUAAUAAUGAUUAUAAAAAUAUUAUUCAAAAUAUAAAUUUAAACAUAUUUAAAAAUAAUUCUGAUUAUUACAAAUUUAUAAACUUUUGUGUUAAUAAAUAUAAUGAAAUAAAAUUGAAACUAAGAUGGGAAGAGCAAAAUGACAAGAACAACCCAUCAAAUAGUGAGACAGAUGGAAAAAGGAUAUCAAAAGAAUCUAUUUCUUUUUCUUCAGUAGGAAGAGAAAAAGACAAUAUGUAUAGAUAUAAGAAUAGUAUAAAUUAUUAUGAUAAUAAAUAUUUUGAAAAUAUAUAUGAUAUUUUAUUGUCGAAAAAUAUAAAUAUUGUAAAAAAAAAUGUUGAAAAACUUAAUGAAAUGCUAAGAAAAUUUCCCAAAACAAAAAUUAUUAAAUAUUAUUGGGAUAUCUAUGCAAAAAAAUUAAAAAAAUUUUAUAAAAUUAUAUAUUAUAAAUCAAAAAAAAUAUUUGUAGCAAAGGUAUCAUUAUUUAAUAUAGAGUUAGAGACAAAAUUUAACAACACUAAUAAUGACCAAUUAUUAAGUAGUAAAAAUAAAAUGGAUAGAAGUAAACCUUCAGAAGAAUUAGACAACCUCGAUUUUAAUAUAAAAAAUAAUUAUAUUUCACCACACAAUAAUUUAAGAAAAUGUAAUAAAAAAAGCAGUAGACUUUUCAGUACACCUCAAAAUAAUGAUAGUAAUACAAAUAGAUUUUCAAAAAAAGUUAUAAAAAUAAAAACUGUAAAACUUGUUUAUCGUUAA